CACUAUUCGAUAACCAUUCAGCGAGACUACAAUAUCUUUCCCUUGUCUACUCAGGGAAGUCGUUGAUGCAUGCCCAAGACUACGAAUCCACUGCGCCGCCAAGGCAGCGCAACAAAUCCAUUUGCCUCAGCACGGCGCACCAAACCCAUCGUCCGUGCUGCUGCCAAGGGCGAGUCUGCGCCACGUCUCGACGAUGUCGGCUUAAUUUCAUGUCUUGCAAAAGGCAAUAUACCACAAGACGUGGCAGGCCUCAUCUGUCAUGUACGAAAUCACACCUUUGAGGAUGUGCCAGAUCGUGCCGCCGGCAUGAGCAGCACGCGCAUCGCCGAACUGCUCCAAUUUCGUCGCGCUUUGCCACCCAUCGUAAGCGUCGCACAUCUCCAUGCUCUCAGUUCCUCCACAACGCGCACAGAGCGCGAGCUAGCCUUGCUCACAGCCAGAGGUGUCAUUCGUAAGAUUGUGAUACCGGGACGUGGCAAAGGGGGUGCUGCUGUUGGCGAAGGCGUGGCUUUGGUGGAGGAUUGGAAGCAAAGGUUACGCGAAGAAAGUAGCAUCGAAGAUGAGACAAAGAAUAAGUAUUUUUUCUUGAUGGAUGCAAAUCCGACUUCUUCCACUGUGCCCAUAGCCACUCUGUCACCAAAGGAAGUGCGCAGCCUGGUGGUUGCCGGUUUUCUCACCAAUCCCGCUGCGCUCACCUCAAGUCUGGGAGCUCUCUUUACGCAGCCGACGGGAUCAUCGCUACACAAAGUCGCAAGCGCUGGGCAUUCCGCUGCUACCGGAACCUUGGCGGCAGUAGGUGGAUUUGGCGCGGUACACGACAACGGCGGAGGUGGAAGCACAUUGGCCACGAGCGAUCGUCGCCGGCUUCCUCCCUCAACUCAACAGGAGAUGACGCUUGCCCUUCCAUCGACCGGCGCAUACUUGAAUCUAUUGGUGACCGCUCGCGCGCACCUCCUCCAUCUCCUGCGACAACUUUCGCCUCGACACAAGGAGGCUUUGCGCAGUCAUCUCAAGGAGAAGUGGGAUGGUAACACGCCUGCAGAUGCGGUGAGCGUUGCGAAGCGUGCACGAGGCGAGUUCUUCGGCGUUCUAUCUGGUAAAACAAAGCACUGGAGAGAGUUUCAUGGGCUGGAAUUCGACUGGGUGUUGGCGGAAUGUGUUGGAAGUGGGCUAGUCGAGCUUUUCAAUACAAGUAGUGUUGGGGUGGGCGUUCGCACCCGUUGAGAACCUUUAGUCACUUCGUCCAGGCUGCAGUGAUCUCGUUGAAUCCAAGGCGCCGAAGGAGUGAAUAUGGUAGAGUAUCGACGACUGUAGGAUGGGCCGUCACUCUCGUAAUGGAGUCUCGAGGCCGAGCUAUGGUUCCACUGUGCUGGCCGAUCUACGGACAGCACCGACAUCGGACAUCGAUACACGCCCGGCAUUGCGUACGACUAUUCGAAACAACAUAGCUUCCUCAGUGGAGUCCACUCUUGUACCGGGUUGUGUCUUUGUUUUCUCGGGCUGAUGAGUGCCGCUAGGGUUGUCUUACCCAAACCCUAUGGCUUUGUGCAACAUCGCUCAAAACAUUGCCUAGGGUGGUAGAUGAUCGGAUUUACAAGAAAAAGC